GAGAUUGUAAAUAAUAUGUACGAGACCGACCCUGAUCUCCUUGCUGGCGAAAGUGCAGAGGAGGAAACAGAGGACAGUAUUAUGUCCCCCAUUCCUGUCGGACCUCCAUCACCCUUUCCCACCAGUGAGGACUUCACUCCCAAGGAGGGCUCACCUUAUGAAGCUCCCGUCUACAUUCCUGAUGACAUUCCAAUCCCACCAGAUUUUGAACUCAGAGAAUCUUCGAUUCCAGGGGCAGGGCUAGGGAUUUGGGCCAAAAAGAAGAUUGAAGUUGGGGAGAGAUUUGGACCCUAUAUGACAGUACAGAGGAGCACAUUAAAGGAGACAAACUUUGGAUGGGAGCAAAUACUGACUGAUCCCGAGGUGACCUCCCAAGAGGGCAAUAUAAAAAAGCUUGCUGAUGACCUGGGAAAUGAGAAGUUCUGUGUCGAUGCGAGCCAGAGCGGAGCUGGGAACUGGCUGAAGUACAUCCGCGUGGCCUGUUCCUGCGAUGAACAGAAUCUAGCUGUCUGUCACGUUAACGACCAGAUCUAUUAUAAAGUUAUUAAAGAAAUUGAGCCAGGAGAAGAGCUCUUGGUGUGUUUGAAGGAAGGUGGUUAUUCACUUGGGAACAUGGCGCCCAGCAUGGAAGAAGAGCACACGUUUCGCUGCGAGGACUGUGAUGAACUGUUCCAGUCAAAGCUCGACCUGCGGCGACACAAGAAGUACGCCUGCAACGCCGUCAGCUCCCUCUACGAGACCCUGAAUGAGGAGAUCAAGCAAGAAGGUCUUGGAGAUGGACAGGUCUAUGAGUGCAAGGACUGUGAGAGGAUGUUCCCCAAUAAAUACAGCCUGGAGCAGCACAUGGUGAUCCACACCGAGGAGCGGGAGUACAAGUGCGACCAGUGUCCCAAGGCGUUCAACUGGAAAUCCAACCUGAUCCGCCACCAAAUGUCUCACGACAGCGGGAAACGGUUUGAAUGUGAAAACUGCGUCAAGGUGUUUACGGACCCCAGCAACCUCCAGCGGCACAUCCGUUCCCAGCACGUCGGGGCGCGGGCCCAUGCCUGCCCGGACUGCGGCAAAACCUUUGCCACCUCGUCUGGCCUCAAACAGCACAAGCACAUUCACAGCACUGUCAAACCUUUCAUAUGUGAGGUCUGUCACAAAUCCUACACGCAGUUCUCCAACCUCUGCCGUCACAAGCGGAUGCACGCGGACUGUCGCACCCAGAUCAAGUGCAAGGACUGCGGCCAGAUGUUCAGCACUACCUCCUCCCUCAACAAGCACCGGCGCUUCUGCGAGGGCAAGAACCAUUACAGCCCUGGUGGGAUUUUUGCCCCUGGCCUGCCCCUAACGCCCACUUCCAUGAUGGACAAAUCCAAGCCCUCUCCCAACCUCAAUCAUGCCAGCCUGGGAUUUAAUGAUUAUUUUCCAUCCCGCCCGCACCCGGGGGGUCUUCCGUUCUCACCUGCCCCCCCAGCAUUUCCUGCCCUCACUCCGGGAUUCCCAGGGAUUUUCCCACCGUCCCUAUACCCCAGGCCCCCCUUGUUACCGCCCACACAAUUACUCAAAAGUCCCCUCUCCCACACUCCAGACGCAAAGCUUCCAAGCCCCCUUGGGAACCCAGCGCUUCCGCUGAUCUCUGCGGUGAGCAAUAGCAGCCAGGCCGCUUCAGGGGAGAAGUGUGAAGGCAGCCUGGAAAACUCCUACCUGGAGAAGCUCAAAGCCAGGAACAGCGACAUGUCCGACGGCAGUGACUUUGAGGAUGUCAACACAACCACAGGCACGGAUCUGGACACCACUACUGGCACCGGGUCUGACCUGGACAGUGAUGCAGAGAGCGACAGGGACAAAACGAAAGAGAAGAGCAAACAAAUGGAGAGCAAGCCAGACUUUGUCAGCAGCUCUGUGUCUGCGAGUUCCACCAACAACACGAGUGAGAUCCCUCUCUUCUAUUCUCAGCAUUCCUUCUUUCCUCCCCCCGAGGAGCACCUGCUGCCUGCCACGGGAGCAGCCAAUGACUCUAUUAAAGCUAUCGCCUCCAUCGCGGAGAAAUACUUUGGACCUGGCUUUAUGGGGAUGCAGGAGAAAAAGAUGGGUUCGCUCCCGUAUCAUUCCAUGUUCCCUUUUCAGUUCCUCCCCAAUUUCCCCCAUUCACUCUAUCCUUUUACGGAGCGGACCCUCAAUCACAACUUGCUGGUCAAGGCAGAACCAAAGUCACCCAGGGACCUCCACAAAGUGGGCAGCACCAGCACAGAGUCGCCCUUCGAUCUCACCACGAAGCCAAAAGAGAUGAAGCCAAUCUUGCCGCCGCCGAAGGUCCUGCCAGCCCCGUCCUCAGGGGAGGAACAGCCACUGGAUCUGAGCAUUGGCAACCGCAUCCGAGCCAGUCAGAACGGAGGAAGAGAGCCACGGAAAAACCACAUUUAUGGGGAGAGGAAGCUAAUGGCGAAUGAAGUCUUACCUAAGAUUUCCCAGUCUCAGCUGCCUCAGCAGCCAUCCCUGCAUUACGCUAAGCCAUCACCCUUUUUCAUGGACCCCAUAUACAGCAGGGUGGAGAAGCGGAAGGUGACGGACCCUGUGGGUGCCCUAAAGGAGAAGUACCUGCGACCCUCCCCGCUGCUUUUUCACCCCCAGAUGUCAGCCAUAGAAACGAUGACAGAGAAACUGGAGAGUUUUGCAGCCAUGAAGGCAGACACUGGCACUUCCCUGCAGCCCCUUCCCCAUCACCCCUUCAACUUCCGAUCGCCGCCGCCCACGCUCUCCGACCCCCUCCUCCGGAUUUCUCUUUCUCCGGCCCUUCCCGAUGACGUGGUGAUCGACUGCCAGUCUGUGUCGCUGGUGGAGAUGGGCCACACCAGUGUCUCGCCGCGGCAGCUCCCCUUGCACUGGUACUGUGGGAAGAUCUUCCCGCGCUCAGCAAACCUGACCAGGCAUCUGCGGACACACACUGGAGAGCAGCCGUACAGGUGUAAAUACUGUGACAGGUCAUUCAGCAUUUCCUCCAACCUCCAGCGGCACGUUCGAAACAUCCAUAACAAGGAGAAGCCAUUCAAAUGUCACCUGUGUAACCGAUGCUUUGGGCAGCAGACCAACUUGGACCGACAUCUGAAGAAGCACGAACACGAGAACGUUCCAGUGAGCCAGCACUCCGGAGUCAUUACAAACCACCUCGGGACCAGCGCCUCUUCCCCAAACUCGGAAUCAGACAACCAUGCACUUUUAGAUGAAAAAGAGGAUUCGUAUUUCUCUGAAAUCAGAAAUUUUAUUGCUAAUAGUGAGAUGAAUCAAGCAUCAACUUUAGCAGAGAAAAGGCCAGAAAUCCCAGAUAUCGAUGGCAAUUCCCAGUGUCAUGGAUUAACAAAUGAGAAAACAGAAGAUGUGGAUGAUGAAGAUGAAGAACUGGAAGAGGAAGAUGAUGACAGCCUGACAGGGAAGUCACAGGAUGAAACGGUAUCGCCCACCGCAGAGCCCCGAGGAGCAUUUGAGGAUGAAGAAGAUGAAGAGCCCACAUCUCUCACCAUGAGCUUUGACCACACCCGAAGGUGUGUUGAGGAGGACGAAGCCGGCCUGUUAGAUUUGGAGCAGAUGCCGAAUUUUGGGAAGGGGCUGGAUCUUCGCAAAGCAGCCGAGGAAGCAUUUGAAGUUAAAGAUGUGUUUAAUUCCACCUUAGACUCUGAGACAAUAAAACAGACUCUGUACAGGCAGGCUAAAAACCAGGCUUAUGCAAUGAUGCUGUCCCUGUCCGAGAACGCUCCCCUCCACACGUCCUCCCAGAACUCGCUGGGUGCUUGGUUGGACAUGGCAGGAGCAGCUUCAGAGUCGGGGAGCUUUAACCCCAUCAACCACCUCUGA